AAUGUCAACCCCGACAACUACGAUAACGCCACCACCAAAAUUGACUUGUACCAAUAUGGAUUUGGAUAGUCUUCUUGCUCAAGAGAUUGAAGAAUUGAAUAGAGAUUCACCUGAAGACCGUAAAGUUCGUGAAGCUGUAAUACUAGACCGACCUGAUCCAAAUGGGUUUGACGAUGACUCUAGUUCUUCUGAUGAUGAUGGUGGCGGUCGAGGAAGAAGACUCAACUUUUUACGCCUUCGACGUUCAACCUCUCCUCAUCACCAUCGUGGUCCAUAUUAUCGAUCUUAUGCUCCUGGAAGCGACGACUAUGAAGACGAUCUAUCCAUUCGAGAUCCACAACUAUUUGAAAUCACAGAAAAGAAUCGUAUAAUUGAAUAUCAAGACACCUCUUCUUCGACAACCACUGACAAAGAUGAAGACGUCAACAUACAGAAAAAGGAUCGAUCUUCUUUGUCUCGACGACGACCUGCUGAACUCUGUUUUUCGGAUAUACCUGUUACCACCACGGAUCCUGAUCGUAUUAUGGUUCAAUUUGAUUAUGGUGCUUCUUCAACACAUGUUACCAAAAAGAAAUCAAGAAAAUAUCUAAUGGCUUGUGAUUUUGGCGAACAAAGUUUGUAUGCAAUGGAAUGGGCCAUGGGAUCCUUAUUACGUAGUGGGGAUAUCAUUCAUGUAGUCAGUGUCAUCAGUAUGGACGAAGAUUUAGAAGAUAUGGAUGAUGAUGAAAAGUAUCGUUUAUGGCAAGAGUUGGAUCGAAAUUCAAAAACAUUGAUCUCCAAAGUGAAAUCUAUUUUGGAACAACAAUUACUUUACAAUAUCAAGAUCAAUAUUUAUUCUAUGGCUGGCCACACACGUGAAUGUCUUAUGAACUUGAUCAAGUCUAUUCCUUUGACAAUGGUUGUUUGUGGAUCAAGCGGCAGAAGGGCACUAAAGGGGUAAUAUCAUUAUGUCAAUCAUACUUCUUUUUUUUUGACGCUCAUUUUUUUUAAUUCUCUAUGUAGUAUGUUUAUGGGUGGUGUUUCAACUUAUUUGGUACAAAAAUCGCCUAUCCCAGUAUCCGUGGUUCGACCUCAAAAGAAGAAAAAGAAGAAUACCAAGAAAUUGACAGCAGCUCAAAAACUAAGUCAAAGUGUACGUGAUGGACAAUUGAAGGUGGAUGAAAUGGAAGAACCAAGGAUUCCUAGUAUCAAUAGUCAUGAUGAUUAUUAAUUUUGUAGUUUUAUAUACCGUUUUAUUAUUUAAUACUAUUUAUUAUAUUUACAAAAUAAACUUAAUAUAUAUAUAUUAUAUGUACAUGGAUGUAUUUUCUUUUAUUUUUUUUUCUUUUUGAUUGAAAAUUGGGAAAAAUAAAGGUAAGUAUGAUUAAGACUAAGAGAAUAUAAUGGCUACUAUGACUAAACUAAGAAUCAU